GCUCAAUAUGCCACGGAUCCGUCUUCUACCGGCAUGGUUAUCCGGACCGAUGCCGGAUUGAGAGGAAGCGCGUUCUGAAACUCAUGGCUCGUACAUAACAGGACAAGAGACAUCGAGUCAAGCGUCGUGAGUGCUGGAGGUUGUCCUGUUCCUCAACGUCAACACCACCACAUCAUAUCCUAGCCGCCAGACAGAGGAUAACCACAACCAUGUCUACUUCCGUCACACUCCCGGAGCCAUUUGCCUCCAUCCCACGGUCCAGCCUCACAUUCGGGCCAUCACCCAUCCAGGCGCUCCCCAAGAUCUCAAAAGCCCUCGGCGGACAAGUAAAUGUCUACGCCAAGCGCGAGGACGUGAACUCAGGCCUGGCCUUCGGCGGCAACAAGGUCCGCAAGCUGGAGUACCUCGUCCCACAGGCCAUCGCCGAGGGCGCCGACACGCUCGUCUCGAUAGGCGGCGUCCAGUCCAACCACACCCGCGCCGUCACGGCCGUCGCCGUCGCCAGCGGGCUCAAGGCGGCCACCGUCCAGGAGCACUGGGUCGACUGGACGGACCCCGGCUACGAGAAGGUCGGCAACCUGCAGCUGAGCCGGCUGAUGGGCGGUGACGUCCACCUCGACCCCAGCGGGUUCGGCAUCGAGCACAAGACCACCCUGGCGAACCUCACCAAGGACCUCGAGAGCAAGGGCCAGAAGCCCUAUUAUAUCCCCGCGGGCGCGAGCGACCACCCCUUUGGAGGGCUGGGCUUCGCGAGGUGGGCGUUCGAGGUGGAGCAGCAGGAGGCCGAGCUUGGUGUCUUCUUCGACACCGUCCUCGUGUGCGCCGUCACGGGGAGCACGUUCGCGGGCAUGAUCGCCGGGUUCAAGCUGGCGGAGAAGAAGGGCGGCAAGCCGAGGAGGGUCAUCGGCAUCGACGCCAGUGCCAAGGUGAAGCAGACGUUCGACCAGGUCCUGCGGAUCGCAAAGUUCACGGCCGCCAAGAUCGGCCUGUCGGAGGAUGACAUCACGGAGAAGGAUGUCGAGCUGGUGGACAGGUAUCAUGCGGGCACGUAUGGUAUUCCGGACGAGCAGACCAUCGAGGCUAUCAAGUUUGGUGCCAGCACAGAGGCUUUCAUCACGGAUCCUGUGUAUGAGGGCAAGAGUCUGGCGGGUAUGAUGGAUAUGAUUAAGAAGGGGGAGAUUCCUGCGGGUAGCAACGUACUGUAUGCUCACCUGGGUGGGCAGCUCGCGCUGAACGCAUAUUCAACGAUUCCGUGAGGUAGUCACAAUUGAUGAGCUUUGAAAUUCGCCA